AUGGGGGCUAGUAAGCGCGGAUUGACGGAGCAAGAGAACAGUCCGAGUAAGGUCGGUGGUGGAGCUCCGAAGAAGGUGGUUGAGAGUGAAGUUGCUGACGGAUCGUCAUCUGAGGGUGAGGACUUAACGUUUCAACAGGAAGAGGUUAUAGCGUCGUCGGACGACGAGACUUCGGUGGGAGAUGGAGAAGCUCCUGGAGAUCGUUCUGGAGAAGUAUUGGCCGGCGGUAGUCGGGCCGGUGGUCGUGAAACGGCGGAAGUGGUGACACGGCCGUUCCGUCCGGGUGUGGAUGUGUUGGAGGAAGACGAGGUAUUGGAACAUGACCCGAGUGCUUACGACAUGUAUCACAGGAUCAACGUGGAGUGGCCGUGUCUGAGUUUCGACAUCAUCAGCCACCCGAAGUGGGCGGGGUCGGGCUCGAGCGCGGGACCUUCGGCUUCCGAGUGCGCAUCCGGUUCUUCGUCAGCGCGGUACGACGUGUGUUUCGUGGCGGGCACACAAGCGGCCGUAGGCUGCGAGAACGCCCUGACAGUCAUGGCGUGCCGGAACCUGUACCGGACUUACGAAUCGGAUUCGGAAGACGGUUUCGACGACGAGGAUGAGGAGGACGAGGAAAAAGCACUGCGGUUGGAGACGGCUUUUAUCCGAUCGAAGGCCGCCUUCAACAAAGUGGCGGUGUGUCCGGCGGCGCAGCAGCUGGCGGCGUGUCUCACGGACGACGGGUGCGUGCGUGUGUUCGAUCUGAGCACACACCUCCGACAGCUGCAGGACCCAACCAAGAUCGCGGACAGCACACAAGCUCCCGUCUACCUUAAUGGCCGGGGGGUCGGGGGUCCGGGAGCCGGGGGUCUGGCCAUAGGUCAGAGUGUGUGUCAUGAUGCGGAGGGAUUUGCAUUAGAUUGGAGCCCGGCGGGUGCGGAAUUUGUGACCGGUGCGCGCGAUCGUCGGAUUGUCUUGCACCAGCCUGUGCCGGGUGGUUGGUCGGCUGCGCGUGUGUUCGAGGGACACACGGGUAGCGUAGAGGGAUUGAGUUUCCGGUCGACAGGUGCCGACACGAAUUGUAUUGCGUCGGCUGGGGCGGAUGGUUGUGUGAGAGUGUGGGAUAUACGCACGCCACAGGCGACGCAGGUGUUAACAAAUUGGCAUAAUGGGGAUGUGAAUGUAGUGCAAUUCUGUCCCUUCGAGAUCGGAGUACCUUUGUUACUUUCCGGAGGCGAUGACGGAUGGUUGAAAAUAGCAGAUCUUCGGGCACCAGAACUCCCACUCUUCGCCAUUCAAUACCAUAGAGAACCCAUCUGCAGCGUACAUUGGAGCGACAACACCACCUUCGUCGCCGCAUCCUAUGACAACCGCGCCACUGUCUGGGACCUCUCCGCUGAAACCGUCGACGCUGAACACGAACUCGAAGGCGUACCUUCACAACUACUCUUCGAACACUGCGGACACCAAAACCUCGCAGCUGCCAAGACACAUCCUCUGGUACCAUACUUAUAUAUCUCCACCGGCAGCGACGGCUUCAACCUCUGGAGACCUGAAGACCUUUUCAAAUUCACAUUACAACAGUGA